CUGUGGAAUUGGUAGCCGCCCUCCUGGUUCUCCUCCGGGCUUCCUCGGAACUCUGGAGUCGCACGCUGACAUAUUCCGAAUAACGCGCGGUUUGUUUGUUUAGUCGCUGGGAGGAAGGAAAGGGGGAAAACUCGGGGGACUAUAAUUAUCUUCGAGAGCCAUUUUCCUACCCUCCGCCUCCGUCAUUUUUUAUUCAAGACGCGAGGCAACGACGCCGGUUAGCAACAUGGUGGCUCGCUACUACUGAACUAUUCAAAACAACACAAAGGCAACUAACCAAAUGAGGACUGAAGAGGUCACUUAUUAAUCCAAGUAUCACGUCAAUAUUUGUUUUCUACUAGAAGCACGCAUCUCGUUGAAGUUCGAGCUUAGUGGCGAUGGCUGACGUGGACCUCGAGCAGCGGGAGCCGUUCCCUGUGGAGCAAGAAGAUGCAAAACAGGAACAACAGGAACACCAUCCCGACGGGAGGCGGAAAUUGGGAUGCUUAGAAAAGUUUCAGCAAGGCAUCUCCAGGUGGAUGCUUCCGGAAGAUGUCCGAAGCACUUAUUUGGAGAGGGCCAACUGCUGCCCCCCACCCAUCUUCAUUAUCGUCAUCAGUGUUGUUGAGCUGUCCAUGUUCAUCUACUACGCCGUAUGGAAACCUCAGAAGCAGUGGGUGACUUUGGAGGAAGGCAUCUGGAACAGCCGUCUGACGUACCGGCCCGAGUACAGGCAGCAAGCGUGGCGCUUUCUCUCUUACAUGUUGGUCCACGCCGGUGUGGAGCACAUUCUAGGCAAUCUGUUCAUGCAGCUGCUGCUGGGGAUCCCAUUGGAGUUGGUCCAUAAAGGCUUUGAAGUUGGAGUACUUUACAUGGCCGGGGUUUUGGCAGGUUCGCUGGCCAGCUCCAUAUUUGAUCCCCUCAGUGCCUUGGUGGGGGCUUCCGGAGGGGUCUACGCCCUCAUCGGGGGCUACUUUAUGAACGCCGUGGUGAAUUUCCGAGAGAUGAUCCCUCUACUCGGGGUGUUUCGAAUCCUCGUUAUAGUGAUCAUCGUGGGCGUGGACUUUGGCUUUGCCUUCUACAGAAGAUUUGCCGGCGACGAGAGCGCUAUGAAGGUGUCAUUCGUGGCUCAUUUUGGGGGGAUCGUAGCGGGCAUGACGGUGGGCUACGUGUUCUUUAGCGACUACAACAAGAAGCUUUUGAAGGACCCUCGUUUCUGGAUGUGUAUCGUGGGCUACCUGGUCUUCUUCCUCUUUGCCGUACUCUUCAACAUCUUCAUCUCGCCAGCGUCAUCCUAGCAUAGUCACUAUUUGCUAGCUUUUUUUUUUUUUAAAUUAGCAUUUUUACAUGUAUUGUAUUGUCAUUAAAAAUACGUUUUCAAUCUGUGUCAUUACUUUCGCCGUCAUGUUGGACUGAAUCGUUAUCGGGUUCAUGUUGAAAUUGAUCGUUUUUAGCAUAGCAGCGCUAUAGAUUGAACCGCGUCUGUUUGGAAGAUAACAUAUCGACGGCAUCAUUUUUUCCUUGCGUUGUUUACGUGCGAUUGCAUGCGGCGUUGUUGUGUACUUAACUGUAUCGAUGCCUUAGUCUCCAUUUCCAAACAAUCCAAAAGCCCUCCAGUGCUUGAGGUCAAUAAGGCCGUGACCUAAAUGCACAUGUUAUGGAUUUACUGUAGAGUUGCCGGCGCUAUUGCCUGGAUGUAAGCCAUUUCAGCUCGGAAGGCGAGGUGAUGCCAGCGACUUUUUGGGGGGUUCCUUUUUGUUUUGGGACACAUGACGCACGGAGAUUUGAGUCACCAUCGGCAGUCGGUCCAUGCCGCUUCAAGGUAAAUGGCAAGUUCUGCGUUAAAUACAUUAAUGGAAUUACAGUGAUAUUAAAUAGACCGCUGAAUGGGGUUAAUGGCAUUUAUUUAACACUGGGUUUGUAAGACUGUCAUAAGACAGGCAUAAUUGUGAUAUAACACUGUCAUGAACAUUAAUGUAUGUUUAUGACCUGAGGUGGGUAGAGUAGCCCAAAAAAUAUAGUCAACCACAAGUAAAAAUGCAUUUGAUGAAAAUAAUACUCAAGUAAUGAGUAACAUUGUAACUUUAAGAUGUUUGAUUUUUUUUCAAAGCACAAGGUCAUAUUAUAGGUUAUUAUGAGGUUAUAUGAACUGUUAUUAUGCGGUACGAUAACAUACUACAAAACCACAUUAAGCCAAAGAAAUACAAAAUAAAAUUGAAUUCCUGCGUAAUAAAUAAACCUACAGAAAUUAAGCAUGAUUCGUCCAAAGAGCAUGAGUGCCCUCUAGUGGAGAAAACACAUUUCCUAUUAUGAAACUACAAGAUCAAAUCUCUGGAUUCCCGCGGUCAGUCGGUGCCAAAUAAAAACUGGGAGGG